AUGGGCGCCGACGACGACUCCAAUAACCCCUUCGUCCGCUUCAGACACCACGUCGACAGCACCGUCCAGCGCGGCGUGCAGAGCGUCUUCGGGUCAUCCAGCACCAGCGCCAGCAUCGCAUCAUCCAACGAGCAACCAACAAGACCCGAUAUCCCAGCUCAAUCCCUCGACCGCCCCAUCCCGGAUCCGAGAGCCAUGGUCCCAACGCCACGGGCCCAAGAGCCCAUGCCGUCAAGUCCACCUGCAGGUAACGAAAGCACAAGCGCAGAAGACGUCUACGCAUGGGCCAUCUCAUCCCCCUACUCGCCACUCAACCUGCAGCACCUACCGCAACCUGUGCCCCGGGACGUCCGGGACGCACCCGCGGACUUGGCCGGCGCCUUCACGUUCCGCGACGCAUUCGACGACCUGCUGAUAACCAGCGCGGGACAGCCACUCCCCAGCAUCCAGUCCCACGCGUUAACAAAACGCGUUGAGUCGAUGGUGUUUGCUCCCGAUGGUCUCCACGUCGAAGACUGGGUCACGGCGCUCGCGUGGACGCGUGGAAAGGGGGUCUGGGGCGCCUACUUCCCCGCGCUCUCGCCGCUGGCAAGACGGCACUUGAUGAUGCCGGCGCGAGGGCUGUCCGGUCCCGAUACGACGGGAAUGACGUUCCGUCCGCCUCCCAUGUCACGGGGUCUGGGGCUGGGGCUGGAAAUGCCACGUGAGAGCCUCCCGUCCUGGCAGGAUUGGCAGGAUAGGGACCCCGUAGAGGCGUUUGGCGGUUUGUUCAAAGCGGCUGUAUCGGCCGCGAGGGAGAUCGCUGCUGAAGAGGAUAAGUCAGGAUACAAUGAAGACCGCGAGGCGGAUGCAGAGGAGGACUUCCAAGCGAGCACCAAGUCCGCUCCCGCUGUAGCGGCGCCAUGGAGCACCUGGCCCUGGCCCGGCACCCAAAACAGAUACAGCGACGACGAAGCAGACUCGGAGGAGGAACUCUACACAUCUGCCAAUUCGCAAUUUGCCAAGUCCAGGCCAAGCUGGCAAGCUAUGAGCCAACGCGAUUCCAGGGACAGCACAGCUUCUGCCGCCCCUGAGGAGGAGUCUACCAACGUGGUCAUGAUGCCGUCUGGUGGUAAAAUUGUGUACACAUGCAAAAAAAGCAACCGAGAUGGAAAAAGCGAGGUCACGACUCUGAGGCAAGAAUACGAUGCGGAUGGUAACUUAGUCUCGCAAGGAGAAGACACUACGACCAAGAGGACAUGGUCUGCGAAGGCAUCAGGCGCCGAGGCCUCGUUAUCUUGGAGUUUCCGGAGGGAUACCUCGAACACCAACACAAGCGGGUUUGACGAGCAAGAAGUGGGAAAUCCUGAGGCAGAGAGACGGAAGAAGGAUGGUUGGAGUGGCUGGUUCUGGACGAGAUGA